AUGAGCGGAAGAGGAAAAACCGGUGGCAAAGCAAGAGCAAAGGCAAAGACCCGAUCUUCUCGUGCUGGACUUCAGUUUCCAGUCGGUCGUGUCCACAGGCUUCUACGCAAAGGCAACUAUGGUGAACGUGUAGGCGCUGGAGCUCCUGUGUACCUUGCCGCUGUUCUCGAAUAUCUGACUGCAGAGAUUCUGGAAUUGGCCGGCAACGCCGCCCGCGACAACAAGAAAACCAGGAUCAUCCCCCGUCAUCUGCAGCUAGCUGUCCGCAACGAUGAGGAGCUCAACAAACUCCUGGGCGGAGUGACCAUCGCUCAGGGCGGCGUGCUGCCCAACAUCCAGGCGGUUCUUCUGCCAAAGAAGACCGAAAAGGCUGCCAAGUCUAAGUAA